GUUUAAAAAUUUUUUCUAAAAGUUUACAAAAUUGAGAUUUAUUUUAAUACAGUUAUAAUUUAGCUAACUUUGCUAAAUCUUUCUGAAAGAGUCUGUUGAACCCUAUACUUCAAAUUUUCUGGCAUUUAGAAAUCUUCUUAAAACACGGUUUAAUCAUGAUUCAAAACAUUUACACAGAACAAGAUGAAAUUGUAAGUCAUGGCCUCAUGAUUGUUUGUGAAGUUUGUGGUAAGGCGAUAUCAAGAUUAGAUUAUGAUCGACAUAUGAAAACACAUAAAGAAAAACGAGUUGAAGUCUGCAAUAUUUGUUUCAAAGCAUUCACCAACCUUUCAAACUACAAAUACCACUUGGCUCAUCAUUCAAAUGAACGACCAUGGUUGUGCAAUGAAUGUCCAAAAAACUAUAAAACAAAAAUAGAUUUACUUCAACAUCAAAGAGUUCAUGAUAAAGCUCGAGAUCCAUUUCAUUGUGAGACUUGUGGACAAUAUUUCAGAACUCGAAGUAAUUUCAACACGCAUUUAAGGACACAUAGUGUUCGUGGGCCUCAGAAAUGUACAAUUUGUGACAAAACAUUUGUUAAUCUGAGAUCUCACAUACAAAUGGUUCAUCAGAAAAUUCGUCAACACAUUUGCAGUAUUUGUUCAAAAGCAUUUGGGAAGAAGUCUGGACUUGAUCGUCAUAUCAUCACAGUUCAUGAGAAAAUGAAAUGUUGGGCUUGUGAUUUAUGUGAGAAGAGUUUUGGUGAGAAGGCACAAUUAUUGAGACAUCGAAAAAUUCAUUUCAAGCCAUCUUGUCAAGAACCUGAUCCAACACAAGUGACGGAAGAUCGAGAAAUAUUCUUUAAAGAUAAAACUCGAAUGCAAUGCGGAUUUUGUAAGAAAAUCGUCAAUUCAAGAUCCGCUCUUAAACGACAUAAAAUGUUAGUUCAUGAAAAGAAAAAGAAUUUGUUAUGCGAUUUCUGUCCGAAAUUAUUUGGAGAAAAAUCGAAUCUUAUGCGCCACAUUAUGAAGUCACAUAGAAAAGAAUCAGAAUUUGAUAAUUAUAGUGAUGAAUUUUUUUGUGUGAAAGAAGAAAUUAAAGGAGAGAGAAUUGAAGAAUUUUCCUGUUCAACUUGUAGUCAUGUUUAUUCAACAAAAUGGAAAUUGGAAGCUCAUGAAAGUCAAUGCUUAAUAUUGCAAGAAGAAAAAUUAAAUGACGUAGAAGAUGCUUCAGAGAUGCAUGACUUUGACACAGAACAAGUCUUUUUAAUGGCUGAUGAAGAGAAUGAAGCAGUUGAAGUGAAAUCGGAACCAAAUUUUGUUGAUGAAAAUUAUGAGAAUGUGACAACUCACAUCGUUGUUCAUGCAGAAACUUUCGAGCAGGAACCUCUCGAUAUGAAAAUAAAAGAAGAAAUGAUUGUUGAUGAAGAUGAAAUUAUUGAAGAAUAUCUUGAUCCAUACGAGAUUCAGCCUGAAGCAGAAAACGGGAAAGAUGAUGAAAUUGAAAUAUUUAAUGAAUAUAUUAGUGAAGACAAUGAAGAAAAUUUCAUUCAUCAAAACGCUGUCGAUGAUGGAAUAUCAGAACCUGAAGUGACGUUUUUGAAGCGUUACAAAUGCAAACUUUGUCCAAGCACAUUCAAAGAAAAGCGAUAUUUUCAAUCACAUUUUGAAACAGUUCAUGGAAAGAAGAGAAAUCUCAAAUGUGGCAUUGAUGGGUGCAACGAAAUGUUCAUUUAUCGUGCACAACGUUUAAGACAUCAUCGUUUGAAACAUCCUGAAAUUUACGAAGAAUCUGACAACGAUGAAAGUUUUCAAUGUCAAAUUUGUGAUUUGUUAUUUGAAGAUUCAAAAGAUUUGAAUGAUCACCUGAAGAAGGAUCACGAAUUAAAUGAUGACGAUGAGAAUAGUCGAACUUGUGAUAUUUGUGUGCCAAUUAAAAGUUUCAAUAAUGGAGAAGAUCUUAUUAAUCAUGUUCACUCUUUUCAUUCGGAUAAAAGAACUUACAAUUGUGAACAAAUUUCGGAAAGUUUUCCAUUGGAACGCCAUAUAAAUGAUGUUCACAACAAUCUUUGUGAGUUCAGUGACAACGACGGCACAAUCAAUCAUGAUGAGAAAAAUAAGAAAAGCAACAAAUCUGAAAGAACUUGCAAAGUCUGCAUGAAAGUAUUUAAGAAAGUAAAAUACCUCGAAUUACAUUUCUCAAGUGUUCACACAUCAGAACCACAAUAUUCAUGUCCGAUUUGUAAUCGAAGCUUUUCAUUUCGUCGAUCAAUGCAACGACAUAUCCAAGCAAUUCACGAAGAUCGAAGAGAUUUCAAAUGCACAUCAGACGGUUGUCAAAAAGCUUUCCGAUGUCGUUAUGAUCUGAAUGAACAUUUCAAUAAUAUUCAUGCGGAAGUCAAGAAGAAACAACCAGUUGAGAGUGUGACUUGUGAUGUUUGUGAUAAAAUUUGUUCAUCAAGAAAAGUUCUUUAUUCGCAUAAGAAAAUGGUUCAUGAAGCUAAACAUUGGGGACAAGUUCAUCGUUUCGGUGAAAUAAAAACGAGAACGUGUCAUUUAUGUGGAGCUGACUUUCAGUUAUUUAACGACUUCAAACUUCAUAUUGAGUCACAUGUCGGGUAUUUCAUCUGCAUAACAUGCGGUCUUUGUUUUCCUGACGAAUCGUCACUUUUCAUUCAUAUUGAGUCACAUCGUAAGAUUGAAGAAGAAUUGCGACUGUUUGUUUGUGACGUUUGUUCUUAUCGUAUAUCAACGAAAGCUCAACUUUUGAUUCACAUGCGAAAACAUUUUUCUUGCGAUCACUACAUGUGUGAUAUUUGUGGGAAAUUUUAUAAAUUCAUUACGCCGUUUCUUCAUCAUAAAAAGUGUCACGAUAAUAGAUUUGACUUUCCAUGUCGUUACUGUGAAAAGAAGUUUCGAGUAAGUCGUGAUCGGAUGCUUCAUGAACGAACACAUACUGGAGAACGACCGUACAAAUGCGAGCAAUGCUUUAAAAGUUUUUCAGCGAACUACUUCAACCAUUUGAAGACGCAUGAAUCGAAAGCAUUCAUUUGCAAGACUUGCGGCUUACAAGUGACGUCUGAAACGAAACUUCGACAACAUAUUGAUAACGAACAUCCGGAAGAACGACCAUUUCGGUGUUGUCAUUGCCGGAAAUCUUUCAAAGCAUCGCACACUUUAGAAACUCACAGGCAGAAGUGUGAAGUGUCACUUGGUGUUCAUGAUAACAAAAGAUUUUUAAUACCAAAAUUUUAAUGAAUUAUGGAGAUGUAUUAGAUAAUAAAACUUAACAAUAAAAGAGUUAUUACAAUGUGAUCACAA